AUGGCUUCAAGUUCAUCAUCUUUCCCAAGUUCUUCUAUUUCUUCUACUAGCAAAUGGACGUAUGAUGUUUUCCUGAGUUUCAGUGGUGAGGACACUCGCAAUACUGCUACGGACUUUAUAUAUUAUGCAUUAGUAGAGAAGGGCAUUAACACUUUUAAGGACGAUCAAAAACUUGAGAAAGGAAAAACUAUUAAACCAGAACUCCUUAGAGCGAUCAAAGAAUCCAAAUUUGCCAUAGUCAUUCUCUCAGAAAAUUAUGCAUUUUCCACUUGGUGCUUAGAUGAACUUGUAGAGAUCAUUGACUGCGAGACAAAAAAGGAAAUAACAGUUUUCCCUAUUUUUUACAAUGUGGAUCCAUCUGAUGUGCGAAAACAAAUAGGAACUUUUUCACUUGUUAAACAUGAAAAACAUUUCAAGGAGAAGGUGGAAACAUGGAAAGCUGCUUUGAGUCAUGUGGCCGAUCUUGCCGGAUAUCAUGUAAAGAAUAGUCCUCUCUCUACAGCUAUCAAAAGCAUUGCGGGACUAAUAUCACGAAAAUUGUGUCGUGAAUUCUCAGAAGUUACUGAGGGCUUGAUUGGAAUAGAGUCUUCAUUGUUGGAAUUGGAGUCAUAUUUAGCUUUUUGGUUAAAGAAUGAAGUUCGCUUUAUAGGGAUUUGGGCGAUGGGGGGAAUGGGGAAGACAACCCUCGCCGAAGUUGCCUAUAAGAUGUAUUCUAAAGAAUUUGAA